AUGAAAGCUACUGUACGAGAGGUAGCCUUGGGUCAAGAAGAAGACGCAUCCAACUCCAAGACUUCGUCGGACGAUUCUUCCAAAACUGUGGGCCUUUUGACUGGACAGACGCCCUUGUCUCCUCUCAGCCGCUGGAUGCUGCACAGCAAAAGCCGGGCGGCAAACACCACGUCCCUGGAGCUGCCGUAUCGCUCCCCAAUGCCCUUCUCGAAGCAGGAAUUUUCCAAACAAGAAUUCUGGGAGAUGCUUGGUAGCGAUCUCCUAAAGCCCGACGCCUCGAGCUCAAGAGUGAAGCGAAGGCCUAUUGUCAAAACAGGCAAAUUUAAGAAGAUGUUUGGAUGGGGGGACUUCUACUCCAACAUCAAAACCGUUCGGCUGAAUCUGCUCAUCACCGGGAAGAUCGUAGACCACGGCAACGGCACGUUCAGCGUCUACUUUCGCCACAACUCCACCGGCCAGGGCAACAUCUCGGUGAGCUUGGUGCCUCCGGUUAAAGCCGUGGAGUUCGACUUGGAGCGGCAGAGCGUGGUCUACCCCAAGGACUCCAAAAUCUUCAACUGCCGGGUGGACUAUGAGAAGGUCGACCGCAGCAAGAGAACCUCGCUGUGCAACUACGACCCGUCCAAGACCUGCUUCCAAGAGCAAAUCCAGAGCCACGUAUCCUGGAUUUGUUCAAAGCCUUUCAAAGUCAUCUGUAUCUAUAUUUCAUUCUACAGCACGGACUACCGCCUGGUUCAAAAGGUCUGUCCCGAUUACAACUACCAUAACGAGAUGCCGUACCUGCCGUCGGGCUAA